CAAAAAAUUGACAUCAAUUUGUAAAUUUCUCAUUUCCACAUAAGUAUUGAAAAUUCCUUAAAACAAAUUCUUCGUAUUAUCAUGGAGUUUCAGGAAUAUUUGCACAAGCAAAUGGCCAUAUUCAACUAUCAUUUACACUCCGAUUAUGGGCUGCUUAUCAAAACAGCAACUUGCAUAGCCUUUGGUGCGGUCUGUGGCUGGAUUAUGGGUCUUGUCACUUGGUUGCUAUAUAAGAUAGCCAAAUGGCAGAAAGUACUGCCCGUCAAUUUUUAUAACUAUCAGGAUGAUUUGGAUUUGGAUAUGGAAUUGGAUACUGAUAUGGGAAAUUUCAAGCAAGAAAAGCUCAAGAGAAGAAAACAAUAUAUUCCAUUGGUCUAGCAAAGCGAGUCUUUACUGUACAAUGCGUUUAAAGUCUUGUCGUCGACACAAUAUCCAAGCUAAAUAGCUAAAUUUGAUUACUGCAUUUGGAAUAAUCGCCCCAAUUAAUAAAUAAUGUACAAAAUGUUUUCAAUCAGGAAAUUUUUGAAUU